UAGAGAUUGUUUUAUUACUAAACGAAAAAGAAAACUGGCGCCAUACGCAUUGUGACCUAGCCUCAAUCGUCUCCUCCACUCCUGCCAAUCGCCUCCGCUGCCGCCGUCGCACCGUCGUAUCGCUGCUCCAUCUGACCACCGAUCAUUAUAGCAAACGAAAUCGUACACCCAAUCGCUCGUUUUCAGCCUGGAACACUUGCUACGGAGGAGAGGGACUUUUGGAGUCAAUGGAGAAUGUAACAAGAUGACAAACACAGACAAAGAAGAAUGCUAAAAGUGUGGAUGAAUCUAUAGAAAAGGAUCUAGCAUAUAUAUGAAUGCGUGUUUGAAUCAAGGUAGAGUGGGGAAAGAAUGGAUUCUAGCCAUGGUAAAAAGAGAAUGAAUGUAGAGGACGACGAUAGACUAAGCAGCUUGCAAGAUGAGCUUAUCCAUAAAAUUCUUUCUUUUAUUGGUAUCAAACAUGCUAUUCAAACGAGUGUUUUGUCAUCGAGAUGGAGGUUUAUUUGGACUUCAAUGCCUUAUCUCAAUUUCUCAUGGGACGAUUUCUAUAGGUUACCCAAGUUCUCCGAAUUUGUUACACAUGUUCUCUCUGGCCGCGAUACUCAAACAGAAGUGUCUUCAGUCAAGCUUAGUAAUUUUCAUGGAAAGGAUAGCGAUGUGAUUGUCGAACAAAUCAUGAAGUAUGCAUUCUCUCACAAUAUCCAACAACUGGAUGUUGCAUGCUUGCCUCAGAAUAAUGUUGAAUUCCCUCCUUUUCUCUUUAGUUCUCGGUCUCUUAAACAUCUUAGUUUGACAAAGGAAAGUUUCGUAUCGUACCAAAGGAGACGUUCUUGCUCAUAUGUGUUUAAUGUAACAUCUACUUGGGAGCUCCCUGUGUUAACAACAUUGUAUCUCGAUGGUGUCACUUUGUGUUGUGAUGAAAAUACUGAUAAGUGCAUUGAUUUUUUCUCCAAGUGUGCAAACUUGAAGGAUCUUACCUUAAAAAGUUGCUAUACGAAGGGAUUUAAGGGUUUAAGUAUUUGUCUUCCUCUACUAUCUAAUCUUACACUUGAAGAUGUUUGUGGUGGUAGUGUGAAUGUUUUCAAUAUUGUUGCACCUCAACUCAAGAACCUCAAUAUAAGAGGUGUGUUUACGCAAGACCAUCAGUAUCUGAUUUCUGCACCCGACCUUGCAUUCUUGCUCUAUGAAGGAUUAGAAAAUUUAUCACUUUCGACACACGGUUUCCUUUCUUUGGAGAAGGCGGAUAUUUGUGUAUCUUAUCCACACGAUGCUCGUCAAGUUCUACGUCUGCUUCAACUACUUCACAAUGUCAAGUCUCUUACACUUAACUUGGAAAUUGUUGAGCUUCUUUCUUCAUCCGUGGAACUGAUGUCUUAUCAACCUUCUCCAUUUUUUAACUUAAAGAGUUUAAAGAUUCAUGCUGUAACAGAAUUUUCACACUAUAGUGGAAAGAUGUCUGCGGAAGUCAAAAGCUAUUUGCUAGAUAGUUCUACAGGUGCCAACUUAAUAAUGGUUCCGCGUGAGGUGAUUAUAGCUAUUAAAAACACCAAGUUUGCACAAGAAUAUGUUUCAGAGUUAUGGGAGCUGUUAGAGCAGGAGAAAGCUAGAAUAGAGGCCAAAAUGACAAAGAUGCGUGAACAUAUCUAUAAGUUUAACGAUAUGUGUUGGGAUUAUACGAGUGUGCAGAUUAAGAAAGCCAAAGAAAAGACUUCUGACAUCAUUGUAAAGUUGCAAGAUAUUAAAAGCUUACUGGCAGAGCUGCCUGCAUCAAAUCAGGCUACCAUUCAACCAUCUUUCUCUACUUUGUGUGCCGAAGCCGCCGUUGUCAUGAAUAAAAUAACAGAAUGUAUAAAGAUGGGCUGUGAUGAGAAUCAAAGGCGUUUAAAUAUGCGCUUUCAUGAACUUGCUACCACGUUGCAGCCGUCUUCUUAGCAAAGUGCAAGUUCUUGAGUUACCUUGUACUCACUAGUGAUGACUCUAAUCAACAAGUAAACUCUUGUCGUGAUAUUGUGUUUUUUUGUUCGGAUAUGUUUGUAAACUCUUGUUGUGUUGGUUUUUCAUUCGUUUGGUUAUGUUUUUACUUUU